CACUUUAAGUGUAUAAAAUUUAACCAUUUUAAACGCAAAUGUCAACUGAAUAAAUUUCGUAAUGUUUUUUUCCCCCACAUAUUUGUUAAAAACAAUGAAGCAAGCGGAUUUAGACACAUUGUUCAUGUUCUAUUUAAAUAGAUUCAAGGAUAUUCAGUCAAAUGUGAAGUAAUUACAAACUAAAUUGUGUGUCUUAAGUUGCAUAUUGUGAUGAAACUGCAAAACAUUGCACUUUUUCAAGAAGUCUAGAGGGCGACAGUAAUAAAUACUAACCUGCAGUGAAGAUCAAGUAGUGGUGAACUUACUUUUUCUCAAACUGAUUUCCAAGUUUUUGUCAACGUUCCCUGGAAAAUAUGUCACGGUCUUGUGAAUAUAUGUGACAAUGUGUGUCGAUUUGCGCUGGGUUCCAGUCAUGCACACGUGCUGCCGCUGUAACUGUACACAAUUUCCAAGGGUUUCUAAAAACCCCCGAGGUGUGAAGAGAAUCAACGGGUAUAUCCACAAAACAUUUGCCUAUGGUUCCCCAGAGCUUGUGGAGAAGAUCUUCACUGGAAAAUUAACACCAACGUAUUUCAACGACAUCUGCUAUGGCAGACGACCUACUCCACAAGAGUACAGAUACAACACUCCAAUAGUACGGACGACGGCUUUAUGGGAACCGAAACACGUGUCACGUGAGAAGACUCGUCACGUGAUUAGAGAUAUACAAGACGCAAGGUUUAGGAAGCAUGAUAUGUUAGAGAAAGCAACAGUCAAGAAAGAGAAAGAGCACACGCGCAAGAUUGAAGCGGCUCUCACGCGCGAGGCAGAACUUGUUACCCGUGGAAUUGCCGCAUAUCAGACCAAAAUAGAACGUGAAAAACAGAAAUACGACGCUAAGAUCGCUGCUAGAAAACAGAAACGUAAACCAAAAACCAAUUCUUGUUAAUUAGGAUAAUUACAUUGAAUAAUGAGUUUGUUUGCUAAUUCAGGGUCUUAUUUUACUUACUUUGUGGUUUUGAUCGAUGACUGACGUAAAAUUUUCUUUUACUUCCGGAAACAAGGGAAAUACUUUUUUUCUAUAUAAGCAGGAAAUGUAUUUAUUAUACAUGUAUAUGAUAUCCAUAAAAGAGUAUAAAUAUUCUUUAAAAAUUC